UUUCUCUCCUUCAAGUUCAUCCCUGGUUCUCUUCUCUUUCACUGCAAAGCAAGCGCUAACGGGUUUUCCUGUUCCUGAUCCUUCUCGUUCGUCUCGAUCCUCUUCCAUGAUGACGUGUACGAUUUCUGAGCCGCCUGAUAAUGACUCCGAGAACUUUGCGGAGGCGGAUAUGACCGAAAGAUACGGCCGGUACGAUGAGCUGCUCGGCUCCGGUGCCGUGAAGAAGGUUUACAGGGCCUUUGACCAAGAGGAAGGCAUAGAAGUGGCGUGGAACCAAGUCAAGCUGCGGAAUUUUUCCAACGAUCCGGCCAUGAUCGAGAGGCUUUACUCUGAGGUGAGGUUGCUGAAGACUCUCAAGGACAAGAACAUCAUUACCCUGUACAAGUUCUGGAGCGACGAGAGCCGAAACACCUUGAAUUUCAUCACUGAGGUCUGCACCUCGGGGAAUCUGAGGGAGUACCGGAAGAAACACAGGCACGUCUCGAUGAAAGCGUUGAAGAAAUGGUCGAAGCAGAUCUUGAAGGGUUUGAAUUAUCUCCACACUCAUGAGCCCUGUAUCAUCCACAGGGACCUCAACUGCAGCAACGUGUUUGUCAAUGGCAACACCGGCCAGGUAAAGAUUGGCGAUCUGGGCUUGGCUGCAACAGUGGGGAAGAGCCAUUCAGCCCACUCGAUUCUCGGGACACCCGAAUUCAUGGCUCCCGAGCUAUACGACGAGAACUACACUGAGAUGGUGGACAUAUACUCGUUCGGGAUGUGCGUAUUGGAGCUAGUGACACGCGAGAUUCCAUACAGCGAGUGCGAUAGCGUAGCGAAGAUAUACAAGAAGGUGUGCAAUGGUGUAAAGCCAGCGGCUCUGAACAAAAUCAAGGAUACAGAGGCUAGGGCAUUCAUAGAGAAGUGCAUUGCUUCGAAGCCGGAAACCAGACCCUCUGCAGCUGAAUUACUCCUCGACCCGUUCUUUGACGGCAUUGCUGAUGGAGAAGAAGAAGAUGAUGACGAAAACAGACAAGACUAACCCCCCAAAAAAAAAAGUAAGUGACUUUAGUUUUAGUUGAAGUUAAGGAGCCAUCUAUUUUUUGUUUCAUGGCUCAAAGGGUUGGGGUUUCCCCCCAUCUUUGUGUGGGUUUUCUUUUCUUUUCUUUUUUGCACAUAGGAACUUCAGAUUCAAUAUUUAACCAUUGUUUCUUCGUUUUAUUUGAGGGAAUAAUACGUUUUCUUGGGAUGUAAUAUAAAGUCAAAUC